GAGAGAUCUCGAGCUCCGUUAUCGAUUUGUUUGAGGCCAGUCGACUUGUGAGAGUUUGCGCUCCUAUGGUUCGUCAUUCCAAGUUGGUCCCUUUCAUCCUGCUAUACAAACUAAUCAAAUUUUCAAUGCUGUACAUGUUCAUCUAGACUGCCAUUCAGGACUCUAGUCAGAAAAUAUGCAUGCGAUUUGACAUACACACCGAUGAUCGUCUCAAAAUCAUUCAUCGAGUCUCCAAAAGCAAGAGAUGCCGAAUUCACAACCAAUCAAGAAGAUCGUCCAAUCGUAGUCCAGUUUGCAGCCAGCAGUGCCAAAGAGUUGGCCGAUGCAGCCGAACUCGUUGCACCAUUCGCUGAUGCUGUUGACCUCAACUGUGGGUGUCCACAAAGAUGGGCUAUGCACGAGGGAUAUGGAGCUCAUUUGAUUCAACAGCCAGAGCUCGUUAGAGACAUGGUACAUCAGACAAGCAACCGAACAAAUCUACCGGUUACCAUCAAGAUCCGAAUUCAUAACGAUUUGAAGAAGACUGUACAGUUUGUUCAGACAGCUGAGCAUGCUGGAGUGUCAUGGAUCACUGUUCAUGGCCGCACACGAUCGCAGAGACACCAUCCAGUGAACUACAAUGCAAUCAAGCUGGUGAAGGAGAACAUGUCCGUGCCAGUUGUAGCAAACGGAGACAUAAAGUCAACCGAGGAUGCAGACAGGGUGGCAAGAAUGACAGGAGUUGAUGGCGUAAUGGCAGCUCGUGGAAUACUUCAAAACCCUGCAAUGUAUGCUGGUUUUGACACUACACCACAAGAGUGUAUCCAUAACUGGGUGGAAAUAGCGAUGAAAUUGGGCGUCCCAUUUACCCCUUUCCAUCAGCAUCUCAUGUACAUGCUGGAGAAACUUCACAGCAAGCAGGAGAAACAAAUCUUCAAUUCACUGUCGUCGUCGGCUGCUGUGCUGGACUAUCUGUGUGAGCACCACGGGCUGUAAGGGCCUGGAUAUCACAUACAGGACUUUGGCACAGCAACAGUGAAGAAAACUCACAAAGUCCAGAAACGUUGGAUACCCGUGUUGCGAUACAUGACCAUGUUGGUGACAUACGAAGGUAACAAUGUCAUGGGACUGCU